GGAGAAGGACAGCAAUGGAUGUCUGGAUGAUGUGCCAGCCCGAGAAAACAAAAGAAUCCUUCUUCUUCCCCCCGCUCACUCUGCUUGCCUUGCCGCCAUAGCCACUUGAUAAACCAGAAAGCUCCAAGACAAAAUGCCCCUAGGAGCCGCUUCGGCUCCGCGCCUGCAAUCCCCAUUUCUCUGCUGCCCUCUCAAAUCGUCAUGUUCGUCUCCUUCCAAGUCCGCCAGGAGCUUCACCCUUCAAUCCCCCCGGCGGCCGCCUUAUCCCCUCGUUAUAGCCGCUGAUCUCGACGCCAACACGAUUACAGCCAUAUCCGUUGGGCUAGUGAGCGUGGCCGUGGGGAUUGGCAUUCCAGCAUUCUACGAGUCCCAAAUCGAUAAUGCUUCAAAGAGGGACAACACUCAGCCUUGCUUCCCCUGUAGCGGCUCCGGUGCCCGUAAGUAAAACCCUUCUCUGCUAUGCCCUUUCUUCGUUUGAUAGCUCUGUUGUGUGCAUUUUGCCAUGAAGACCUUUCAAGUUUCCAACUGCAUUGAGUGUGAAGCAAAAGGGCUAUAGCGCAUACGCAGCAUUGCAAGUUUGCAACUGAACCUACAUUCAUGUCGCCUAGAGAACAUAGCUGUUUAUCGUCGAAUGAUUGAACAUGGUUCCUCUUUUACCUUACUGCUGGGAAUUGGAAUUGACUUUAUGGCCAGAGAGAUGCAGAUUCUGUGAGGGAACUGGCUCGGUGACGGUGGACUUAGGAGGGGGCGAGAAAGAAGUGUCUCCAUGUAUCAACUGUGACAGUGCUGGUUCGUUGACUUGCACCACAUGUCAAGGCUCCGGGAUUCAACCGCGUUACCUCGAUCGGAGGGAAUUCAAAGACGACGACUGAAUUACUUUAGUUCGAUCCCAAGAACUUGGGUACAUUUUGGUCCCAACUCUGAACAUAUGGAAGAGAAGAUCCAACUGUUGAUACUACACAACGAUCUUUCAUUUGGUGGUGUUUUCAUAUCCAGACUAUCAACCCAGAAAAUCAGAUGCAACAACAAGAACGGAGUAAGUAGAGUAAAAAGACGGGACAGAAUACACAAAAACGUUGAUCUAUUUCACAAGCUUGCUUACCAUCAUUCAUUACAAUAGUCGGCCAUGGCAACUAACUGAAACCCUAAAGAAAACAACACUACAACGAGCAGAAACUAACAAGAAAACGCCAUCGGCUACUGCACGGCCAUCCACACGACUCUUUGACAACUUGGGCUAUCCACAAGACUAUUUGGCAACUCCGUUAGGGUUUUCGGCCUCCUUGGCUUUCGCUUCGAAGUAGUAGUAGAACAUAGUAAUCAGCCACGAAGCAAAAGCAAUGAGACAGGGGUUGACCAUGGAUCCAUCACCUCCAUGGGUGUCAUCAUCAUUCCUCCUCGCAACAAAUCCGUAGAGAGCAACCGCAGCCAAUAACCCAUCAAUGAUACGGUAGCCAUAAGUGGGUCUCAGAGCAAGGUACAUGGAAACAAUCACCAGUACACCAAGCAAAGCAAUCAGUGCAUAAGCAGAGUUGUAGACACCAGCCCAGAUUUUGACACAGUUUAAGCUCAUAAAGAUUAUGGACCCAAAGGAAUUGGACAAAACACCAGGAGGGUUGAAGAAGAGCCGUUUAGCGAGGUUGGUCUUCCUCCACUGGUGUAUCUUGUUGAAGUAGAGGAAGAGGAAUGGGUAGCCUACGCCGGUGAAAAACCCCAGGAGGAAGACUCCGUCAGUUGGAGCAGGAGAGCUCUGAGUGAGAAGUGCGGCGGUGACGAAACCGGUGUAGGAGAGUAGCGCGACGACGAGGAAGACGAAUGUGUCGGAGAAUCGUGAGAAGAGGGUAUAGAAGAGAGAGAUACCAAGUGGUUUCUUGAAGUACGGGAUGGUGGUAACUGGGCGAGCGAUGAUGGAAGGGUAAUCGACGGUGAGUGCUUUCAUGGCGCCAGUAGUCGAGGAGGCCAUUCUGAGCAGUAAAGGGUAACAGCUAACAAGAGAAUAGAAAAUAGAUCUGGUCGAUUGAAGAAGAAAAAAGAAGAAGAGAGGUGAAAGUAAAAUAUCUUUCACCUGGGUCGGGUAUACCUCGGGUCGGGGUUUUAGCAGAGGAGUCAUAGCUGGAACCUGUAAGACGAGGAAGAAGAAGGAUGCUGUACGUUAUAGGAUUGGGAUUGGGCGACGAGAAGGAUAUCACUCUCAGAGGGUUAGAAGCAGUGAAGAAGUGUGAGAAAGUGUUCAUGGAAGCUUACACUUCGCUGCUCUCCUUCGGCCUCUCCGACGACGGAAUCGCUACUCUGGAAAAUCUAUACGGGAAGCCGAUUACGAUCGCCGACAGGGAGAUGGUGGAGGAGAAAGCGGACGAGAUUUUGUCCGACGCUCGUGCCUCCGAUGUCGCCUUCCUCGUCGUCGGAGAUCCCUUCGGAGCUACGACGCAUAGUGAUCUAGUGGUUCGAGCUAGGGAAUUAGGGAUUGGGGUUAAGGUAGUGCACAAUGCGUCGGUGAUGAAUGCGAUUGGGAUUUGCGGGUUGCAGCUCUAUCGAUAUGGCGAGACUGUUUCGAUUCCGUUCUUCACUGAUGUUUGGAGGCCUGAUAGCUUCUACGAGAAGAUAAUGAAGAAUAGGGAGCUUGGACUGCAUACUCUCUGCUUGCUAGAUAUUCGAGUGAAGGAGCCUUCGUGGGAGUCCUUGUCGAGGGGGAAGAAGAAGUAUGAACCACCAAGGUACAUGACGAUCAACACUGCAAUAGAGCAACUGCUGGAAGUUGUGCAAAAGCUCGGAGGAUCUGCAUACGAUGAAGAUACCGAUUGUGUUGGGUUUGCUCGGGUGGGAAGCGAGGAUCAGGUGAUAGUGGCAGGGCCAAUGAAGGAGCUUCUUUCGGUCGAUUUCGGGCUACCUUUGCAUUGCCUUGUGAUAACAGGCAAAACACAUCCACUGGAGGAAGAAAUGCUGAAUACCUACCGCCUCAAUACAAACAACGAUUCAAACCAGAAAGAUGACGGGAGUGUAUAAUUUACUUGUUGUCCAAACAACCACUGUAACCUAUUCAUUCGAGUUGUAAUCGAGAUCCCAAAUAUGUAACAUCGAAAUCUUGUUUUGCUUAUUGUAGUUCUGCGAAAUUGAGUAACACACAUUUGAUGUGCUCAACUGAUUUUGGCGCCAUUUUGUUACUUAAUUGCAUGACAAGCAGCGUUACAUUUGUGGUCAAUUUAACAAGCUCUUAAGCUGACAUUGCCAAGUAUCUUUAGGGCAAUAAACUCAA